AUGUACAAGACACAGACAAAGUCCACACCAGACAAAGUGUCAUCCCAAGACCCAAGUCAAAUAGAAGACGAUGAAGUUGCCAAAAUCACCUUUUCCCUCCAGAGCACAACGAUUGACAGCUCUGUCGGGCCACAGCUUGUAUCGACAAGAGCCGGCAUCGUAGAGCUCGUCGGGGAAAUUGCGGAUUUACCGACGAGCCCACCCUCACUGUUUGUCGACCUCGAAGGCGUCAACCUGUCGCGUCAUGGAACCAUAUCCAUUCUCCAGAUUUACGCUGCGCCUCUUGACCGGACCUAUCUGGUCGACGUCCACAUACUCAAAGAAAAAGCGUUCUCACAGCCCGCGGGCAACGGCAUGACACUGAAAGACGUUUUGGAGUUAUCCUCAAUUCCAAAGGUCUUCUUCGACGUGCGCCAUGAUUCAGAUGCCCUGUUCGCCCAUUUCGGGGUCCGAUUGGCUGGUGUGCAAGAUCUUCAAUUGAUGGAAGUUGCAACUCGCCAAUGUCGGCGAAGGUUUUUAAGUGGUUUGGCGAAGUGUAUUGAAUUUGAGUCUAGCAUGACCCCGGAGCAGAAGGGAGGCAGCUACGAGGGAUUCAACACUCGACCACUUUCGAGCGAGAUCCUGCAGUAUUGCGCCCAGGAUGUGGGAUAUCUACCCGGGCUGUGGCGAAGGUAUGAUCAGAGGUUGACAGCAAUUCGGGACAGGAGGGCAGAGGUAGAGCAAGAAGUCGAACGUAGGAUCUCGGACUCCCAACAUGCGGCAUAUAAUGGGAACGGCCGUCAUAUGGCACGAGCCCCUCCAAGAUGGGCGUACCUAUCUUGA